AUGGACGGCUUCGAUGUGACUACGGCGCCGGAAGCCUACCACGCUGUCAAGCCCGUCGCUGACCUCUUCGUCCUCGGGAUGGGGCUAGGCUGGACAAUCAACUACAUCGGCAUGGUGCACGUCUCCUUCCGCGACAAGACCUAUGCGAUGGCAAUCAUACCUCUCUGUUCCAACAUUGCCUGGGAGACCGUGUUCGGGCUGAUCUACCCAUCGAAAAGCCUCAUCGAACAGGGUGUCUUCCUCAUGGGCCUGGCCAUUAACUUAGCCAUCAUCUAUGCCGCCAUCAAACACGCCCCUAACGAAUGGAACCACGCGCUGCUCGUCCAGCGCAACCUCCCGCUCAUCUUUCUCAUUGGUAUAGCUGUCUUCCUGACCGGAUUUCUGGCCCUGUCGCGCGAGAUCAGCCCCUCCCUGGCUUACUCCUGGGGUGCGGUGUUCUGCCAGCUCGCGCUGAGUGCCGGUGCGCUCUGCCAGUUGGUCAGCCGGGGCAGUGUUCGCGGCGCCUCGUAUACUCUGUGGCUCUCUCGCUUCCUCGGAUCCAGCUGCACAGUGGUCUUCGCUGGGCUGCGGUGGCGGUACUGGCCGGAGUCAUUUGCGUGGCUGAACAGUCCCUUGGUACUCUGGAGUCUGGCAGUGUUCCUGCUUCUUGAUAUCUCGUAUGGGUUCUGUUAUUGUAGUGGCGAGAGUGUCUAUGCCCUAGUCUCGGUCCGGAAAAGGCCAAUUAUUUGA